AUGUCCGACGCCGAGUAUGCAGGAACCGCGGCGCGCAGCAUGUCCAAAGAUGAAGGUCGACUACGUGAAUUGGGCUACAAGCAAGAAUUGAAGCGAGACUGGUCCAUGAUCCACAACUUUGGUGUUUCUUUCAGCAUCAUUUCCGUCAUCACUGGUAUUACCACGUUGUUCAGCUAUGGUCUAAAUACGGGUGGCCCGGGUGUGAUGAGUGUAGGAUGGAUUAUUGUCAGCUUUUUCACCAUGUUUGUCGGGUUAGGAAUGGCUGAAAUUGUUUCAGCCAUUCCAUCAGCUGGCGGACCAUACUUCUGGGCAGCAAUUUUGGCACCUCAGUCAUGGGCACCAUUUGUUGCUUGGGUAACUGGCUGGUUCAACCUGCUUGGACAAGUCGCCGUGACGACAGGAAUUACCUUUGGUUGUGCCGGACUUGUGUCGACACUGGCAAGCAUCAACGGCUAUGAGCCAUCCGCUGGGAAAACCCUCGGUAUCUACGCGGCAAUCCUGUUCUCCCAUGGCAUUGUCAACUCAUUCGGCGUGCACAUCCUCCGAUAUUUGAACAACACCUCGAUUGUUCUUCAUUCAGUGGGUGUUUUCUCUUUUGCCGUUGCUGUUGUCGCCAAAGCACCCACCCAUAUGAGCGCGAAAUUCGUCUUUGCAACGUUCUACGACGGAACCGGCGAUCCAGGAUGGUCUGUCCGUGCUUCCCCGGCGUAUGUCGCCUGCGUUGGUAUUCUCAUGUCUCAAUACACCAUCACUGGAUUCGAUGCAAGCGCACAUCUAUCCGAGGAAACUCAAAACGCAUCUUGGUCUGCCCCAAUCGGCGUGCUCAUGUCGAUUGGUUGCUCCGCCGUCUUUGGCUGGUUCUUGAUCCUCUGCCUCCUGUUCAGUAUCCAAGACUUCGACACAACUCUCGCCUCCGAAUACGGAAACCCUGUCCUACAAAUCCUGGUCGACGUGUGCGGCAAAGAAAGCGCGAUUGUUCUCUUCGUACUCGUCAUUGUAUGCGUCUGGCACUGCGGGCUGUUCAGCCUGACGUCGAACUCACGGAUGAUGUUCUCGUUCGCGCGAGACGGUGGCAUUCCGCAUUUCUUCCACCACGUGGACAAACGCUUCCGCAGCCCGAUCCGUACCAUCUGGCUCGCGGCCACGCUGUCGUUCCUCCUUGCAGUCCCAAGCGUCGGCUCAAGCGUCGCGUUUGCAGCAGCGACCUCCAUCGCCACCAUCGGCCUGUACAUCUCCUACGGCCUGCCCAUCCUCAUUGGCAUGGUGAACCCACAGGGCUUCAUCCACGGGCCCUUCAACCUGCACAAGUUCUCUCGGCCCGUGGCACUCGUUGCCGUCCUGUGGAUCUGCUUCAUCACCAUCAUCUUCUGCCUCCCGGCUGUCAACCCCGUCGACAGUCAGACGCUGAACUACACUGUUGUGGCCGUCGGCAUUAUUGGCGUCUGGUGUAUGGGAAGUUGGUUCCUCUGGGCGCGCAAGUGGUUCAAGGGCCCAAUUCGGCAGGUCGAGGCCGAAGUCGCUGGGAUCGAUGUCGACGACCCGGACGCCAUGGAUCGCGCCGAGAGGGAAGGCAGAAUCCCCCAGGCGGACGCCCUGGAGGGCUCAAACGAGAAAAGUCUCCUCGCUGCCAUGAAGCAUGUAUGUGACCUAACAUGA